CUCUCUCUCUCUCUCUCUGAGUCUUUGAGUUCAAAGGUCUCUCUAAAUCUGUCUCUUUGCCCUUCUCUUUCUAGAAAAAAAAGACAACAAUGGUGGAAUAAAAAUCCAAUCUUUCUAAUGAUAAAUAAUUAUUUCUAAGACUAAUAAACUUAUAAUAUUAGAAAGAUUUUCCUUUUUCAUCCAGUGAGAACUCAAAGUCUUCUUCUUUCUCACACCAUACCUUUCAUCCCAUCGCACAAGUUUUUCUUCCAUGGAGAUUGAAGAAUCUAGGGUUUCAUGGAGUUUCAGCCAAAGGUCCUGUCUUUCUUAAACAUUGAUUUUUUUUUCUUGACUUGUUUUUCCUGAUUCCCUUCUGAAUCUGAGCUUUCAACUGCUUUCCUGCUUCUAAGAUGCCAUAUUUUUGCUGGGUUGAAGUUCUUGAAUCUGUUUGAAGAACAGAAAGAGGGAUUCUUGGUUCAGUUUUGUUAAUAAUGUCCUUUUUGCCUCUUUUCUUGAUGGGUUCUUUGUAUUUUAGGAAUUAGGGAUUUGGGUUUUUUGUUUCCACUUUCCUUCUGGGUAUCACUUGGAAAAUGGAGGAAAUAGAGGAGGCUAACAGGGAAGCAGUAGAGAGUUGCCAUAGGGUGAUUAGUUUGUUGUCUCAGCCUGAUAGCGAUCAGAAUCAGUAUGGGAAACUAACUGGGGAGGCUGUUCAUAUGUUCAAGAAAGUUGUCUAUAAGCUCAAUUCCACUUUGGGUCAUGCUAGGGUUAGAAAUGUCAAGAAAAUCCAAACCCCUCUGCCAGUUCCUCCAAACAUUCUCUUAGAAAACCCGUUUUCUUCGAAACCCUCAGAGGAGAAUGAUCAACCCAAAGCUCUGCAGCUUCUUCCUGCCCAUAACUCGAAUCAAGAGAAGAGCUGUGAUCUCACAUUGAUGAGAAUUCCUUCGUUUGACUUGAAUGGAAAAGCCCCUUUUCAGCUACCCGCCCACCACCGCCACAGCCAAACCCACCAAGUUCAAGCGACAAACUAUAACUUCCUUCAACAACAACAACCACAAAUCCCUCUUUACCGGCGUAGCAACAGUGGGAUGAGCCUUAAUUUUGACAGUUCCACUUGCACUUCCACCCGGUCUUUUAUAUCCUCGCUGAGCAUCGACAGGAGCGUCGCAAACGUGGAUGGGAAUGCUUUCCAUUUGAUCGGUGGGUCCCGCUCUGCUGACCUCGGCAUGUACCAACAACACAAGAAGAGGUGUUCUGGCGAGAGGGGCGAAGAUGGAAGUACGAAAUGCGGAAGCAGUAGCAGGUGCCAUUGUUCCAAGAAGAGGAAGCACAGGGUGAAAAGGUCGAUUAAGGUUCCGGCUAUCAGUAACAAGUUAGCUGAUAUUCCUCAGGAUGAAUAUUCUUGGAGGAAGUAUGGGCAGAAGCCUAUCAAAGGCUCUCCUCACCCAAGGGGAUAUUAUAAAUGCAGUAGCAUGAGAGGCUGCCCUGCCCGGAAACACGUGGAAAGGUGUUUGGAAGAUCCCUCAAUGUUAAUCGUGACUUAUGAGGGAGACCACAACCACCCAAGAGGGCCAUCACAACAACCCAUGAACGCGUAAACCUAGCGAGCUUGAAGAUUUUUAGCACGGACGACUUUGUUUGGUUCCAUGUUGCUUGUAACGGCUUCACACUUUGUCGUGUACAUAUUUUGCUAGUUUAGCCUCGACGUAGAGAGAUUGGCGGGGGGACGCAACGCCUUCCUUUAAGGGCGCGUUUGGUUGAAAGGUAAAUGUGAUUUUCUUCCAUGGUUUUUGUUACUAGAUAUAGGGGCUUUGAUGGUUAAGGGUUAUGCUUUUUUUUUUUUAGUUGUAAGAAUGUCCCUUUGAAAUGUGACUUU